UUGCCACGUUCAACCGUCUACGUUUAAGAGACCAGCACAUCAAAAUCAAAAAAAUAUUAAUUAAACAUGGAAAAAGUAAAGCAAGUUGAAGCUGCAACGCUUAAAAAAGCGAUUGUCAAGCAAGUUUUGUCUGGAGAUUCCAUUGUCGUAAGAGCCCAACCACGUGGCGGUCCACCACCAGAGAAGCAAAUUACCUUAACCAACGUUUCUGCUCCCAAAUUGGGCCGAAAAGUGGGUCAGAGCGAGGAAGUCAAGGAUGAACCUUAUGCCUGGGAGUCGAGAGAAUUCCUCCGUAAUUUGUUGAUCGGCAAGGAAGUCUAUUUCAGUUUUGAAAAGGAGCUUCAAGGCAAUCGUGGUUAUGGAAAUGUCUACUUGGACAAAGACGGUAAGAACAAUCUUGUACAUACUUUGGUGUCGGAGGGCAUGGUAACGGUGCGCCGUGAAUCAAAAUCCCCGGAAGUUGCUCAUUUGGUCGAGUUGGAAGAUGCUGCAAAGGAUGCCGGCAAAGGUAAAUGGGGUCCAAAUGCUAAGAACGCAAUUCGUGAAGUUCAAUACACCGUUGGUGACAACAACAAAUUCCUGGAGCAAUUCAAGGGCAAGCAAUUGUCCGCCGUCGUCGAACAUGUCCGAGAUGGCUCAUCAUUCCGUGUCUUGUUACUCGAUUCGUUCACGUACGUGACACUCGUUCUCUCCGGUGUGCGUUGUCCCACGUUCAAACUCGAUGCCAAUGGCAGACCCGAUGAAACCGCAAUCGUUCCGUAUGCCAGAGAAGCAAAAUUCUUCACGGAAUGCCGGUUGCUCAACCAAACGGUCAAAGUUGUCCUGGAAAGUGCAACAAACACAUAUUUCCUCGGUUCCGUCAUUCAUCCAAAGGGAAAUAUCGCAGAAGCUCUUGUGCGAGAAGGUUUCGCCAAAACUAUCGACUGGAGUCUCAGUGGAUUCUCCAAUGAUGUUGCCGAAAAACUGAGAAACGCCGAGAAACACGCAAAAUCACAAAAACUCAAGAUUUGGGAAAACUAUCAGGAAGUUGCGGCCAAGCCAAACUCCAACAAGGAAUUCCAAGGAGUGUGUGUCGAAGUUUUUAAUGGAGAUUUUAUCAUGGUAAAGACUGCUGGAGGCGCUAAAAAAGUCUAUUUAUCAAGUGUUAAGCCACCAAGAGAAGUCAAGACCGAAGAGGAACAAAAGAAGAGAAAUCCACGUUUCUUGUAUGAAAUUCCUUAUUUGUACGAAUGCCGAGAGUUCUUGCGGAAAAAACUUGUUGGCAAAAAGGUUUCAUGUAAAUUGGAUUACACCAAUCCCGCAAAAGACAAUCAACCGGAAAAACUCUUCUAUACCGUCAUGGUCAAUGGAAAGAACAUUGCUGAAGAUUUGGUGGCCCAAGGUCUCGCCACUGUCAUCCGCUACAGACAAGACAACGAUCAACGCUCAUCGCACUACAACGAUUUACUGAAUGCCGAAGGAAAUGCCGCGAAAGAGGGCAAGGGAGUGCACAGCAAAAAGGACCAAACCACCAUCCGUUUGGUCGAUCUCACUGUCGACACUUCGAAAAUCCGUCAUCAAUAUUUGCCGUCGUGGCAGCGUGCCCUGAAGAUGGACGCCAUCGUUGAAUUUGUUGCCAGUGGCUCACGUUUCCGCAUCUUCAUCCAAAAGGACAACGUUUUGGUGAACUUUUUGCUCAUGGGAAUUAGUUGCCCGCGUUCAUCGAGACCUGCCAUCAAUGGACAGCCCGCUGUCGAGGGAGAUCCCUUCGGAAACGAAGCCCUGGAAUAUGUGAAGGAGAAAAUUUAUCAACGCGACGUCACGGUACAAGUUGAAACGACGGAUAAGGGAUUCAAUAGCGUCAUUGGAUGGCUUUUUACGGAAAACAAACAAAAUUUGUCGGUUCUCUUGGUGGAACAGGGAUUGGCAACGCUCCAUAACGCAAGUGCUGAAAAGAGUGAGCAUUACAGGACACUCAAGAUGGCUGAAGACAAAGCCAAGGCGAAGCGUUUGAACCUCUGGAAGAACUACGUUGAACAAGAAGAGGUUGAAGGUGGAGAUGAAACUGCCGUUGAAGCUACGCAAGUCUUCGAUAACGCUGAAAAAUCAAUGGAAGAGGUGACGGUAACUGAAGUCUCGCCUGACAUGCAAUUCUUCGUGCAAAAGACAAAAGAAGCCGCAAAACUAACUGCUUUAAUGGAAAAGGUAUCGGCACACGUUAAAACUGCAACAAGUGGCAGUUUGUCGUUCAAACCGAAACGCGGUGACGUUUGCGCAUCCAAAUUCGAAGAUGGUCAAUGGUACAGAUGUAAGGUUGAGCGUAUGCAAGGCGAAAAUGCAAGCAUUUUGUACAUCGAUUACGGAAAUCGCGACACCGUCAAAGUCUCCAACUUGUUGGAACUUCCGCACUCGCUGAAAACGGAAACGCCGUAUGCCACGUUGUGCAAACUCGCGUAUGUGACGUUGCCCGUCGAUGCGGAAGACAAAAAGGAGGCCCUCAAUGCAUUCGUGUCCGAUGUACUUGACAAAAAACUCAAUAUGGCAGUUCAAUAUCGCAGUGCUGGCGUUCCGCAUUGCACGUUGCACACGCUCGAGGACAAAUCGGAUGUCGGCAAAAAUCUCGUCAUCGAUGGUUUCGUGUUGUUGGAGAAGAAACGUGAGUUGCAGAGCCAGAAGUUGUUCACGGUGUACAAAGAGGAGGAAGAGAAGGCGAGAAAAGCUCAUAUGGGCAUCUGGCGAUAUGGCGACAUUACGGAGGAUGAUGAGCAAUUGAAGUGAGAUGCUGGCCUGGAUUGAGAACAUUCAUUAUUAUAGACUGUUACGAUAACAACAUGUACUCGACCCAUUUUAUGAUUCACAAUUUUUCUAUCAAUCUUUAUUGUUUUAAAUUUUGGGGCUUAUUUUUUUGAAAAAUUUAUUAAGUAGUUUCAUUUUUAGUUUAGCGUGUGUUUAUUUGAACAAAAAUCAAGUGAAAAAAGGAAAAAUGUUAUAAUUUUUUGUAGAAUAUAUUGUGAAUUAAAUCAAAAUUUUCUAGAAAUUAUAAAAAAUCUCAUUUUUCGA